AUGGAGAAGCAUUGUUCAGAGGACAUAGUAUUCGAGAUCCUAACAUGGCUUCCUGCCAAGUCUCUCAUACGAUUCAAGUGUAUUUCUAAAACUUGGAACACUUUGAUUGGACAUCCCAACCUUGCCAAAUUGCACAAUACUCGUUCUCAAGUCCGCCCCUCUGCCACCCACCUUUUGUUUGAACUGGGAAUAGGUCGUGAUUAUAUUAAUGUGUAUCCUGUACCAAAGAACAGACGAGUAAUCUUGGGGCCUAAAUUUACUUCAUAUCUCCCGAUGCCUAGAUUUUCUUUAGAACUCGCGAUGCCUCGUCAUUAUUCCUACCUGCGUAUUUGCUCAAAUCAUUGCAAUGGCGUUGUUUGUUUAUAUAACUUUAGAGAUACUCAAGUUUAUUUGUUCAAUGUCACUACAAGAGAGAUAAAAGCUUUGCCAUUCUCCCUGAAUCAGGCAUCGGAUCCUGAAUUGUUUCUGGGAUUUGAUAUAGUACUGGGAAAAUACAAGUUACUUCAUGUUUUUGAGGAAAGCAAUAAUCAACUACUGAAAAGUAGGAUUCUGACUCUAGGAACCGAUUCCUGGAGAAAAAUCUAUAUGCCGUUUAACUUUAAUAAGCCUAGGAGAUGUAUUUUCCUCAAUGGGAUGCUUUAUUCAACUGUAUCACCUCUCACAUACUUCUACUUCAAUUUCAUAAAGGAGAAGUUUGAGAAACUUCCAGGCCCACAACGUAGUACCUGUCUCACGAGAUUGAAUAUAAUGCAAACUGCAUUAAGGGGAAAACUGGUUAUGGAUUGGGUCUUCUCCCAAGGCAUGAAUCAACAAAGAAAUAUGAUAUACGAUGACACUAACAAGGUUUUUAAGGAAUUGAACAACUCUUUUCCCAAAUUAGAAAAGGUUGCCUUCAACUUUGAAGGCGAAAUAAGCUUUGACGAGACAAAGUCAGGGGACAUUUUAGCAACAGCAAGCAUUAUUAGUACCCCCGCUUCCUUGGUGUUCCCUCGUCCCUAUGUGUUAAGAUGUGUUAGUAGUUUUGUCGAGAACAUUAUCCCAUUAUCGUCUUUAUUUUGA